GCGGCGGCGGCGGCGGCGGAGCGCGGGGAGGAGGAGCCGGGGCUGCGGGCGCCUGCGUGUCCCCCCGCCGGCCGCAGGCCCCGGAGCGCGCGGGCCGGGCAUGGGGCCCUGCCCGCUGCCGAGCCGCCAGGAAGCGCAGGGCGCGGCGCGCCGGGGGUCGCGGCCCGCUGGGUCCUGAGCGCGACCGCCUCCCCCAGGACGCCCCCCGCCGCCUCCCCAGCCAUGGCCAACGGCGUGAUCCCGCCGCCCGGGGGCGCCUCCCCCCUCCCCCAGGUCCGGGUGCCCUUGGAGGAGCCCCCUCUGAGCCCUGACGUGGAGGACGAGGACGACGACCUGGGCAAGACCUUGGCUGUGAGCAGGUUUGGGGACCUCAUCAACAAGCCCCCGGCCUGGGACCCCGAGAAGCCCAGCCGCAGCUACAGCGAGCGGGACUUUGAGUUUCACCGGCACACCUCCCACCACACCCACCACCCGCUCUCGGCGCGCCUGCCUCCGCCGCACAAGUUUCGCCGGCUGCCCCCCACCUCCGCCCGGCAGGCCAAGAGGAAGAGGAAGAAGGAGAAAACCUCCGCGCCCCCAUCCGAGGGGACGCCCCCCAUCCAGGAGGAGGGUGGCGCUGGAGGGGAGGAGGAGGACGAGGAGGAGGAGGAGGAGGAGGAAGGCGAGUCCGAGGAGGCCGAGCCCGCUGAGCCCCCUUCGGCGUCGCCACCCAAAGCCAAGUUCUCUAUUGGAAGCGAUGAGGAUGACAGCCCCGGGCUCUCGGGAAGGGCCGCUGCCGCCCGGCCCCCGCCCCCCGGGACACCCCGAGCCCACGGGAGCCCCCAGCUCCCAGCCAGCUCCCCCAGCCCCCGGGCCCGGGCCUCGCGGCUGGCUGGGGACAGGAGAGCCUGGAGCCCGUCGGCCAGCUACGACCUGCGGGAGCGGCUGUGCCCGGGCAGCGCGCUGGGCAGCCUCGGGGGGCCGGAGCAGCAGGUGCCCACGGAUGAGGCGGAGGCGCAGAUGCUGGGGUCCGCGGACCUGGACGACAUGAAGAGUCACCGGCUGGAAGACAACCCCGGCGUGCGCCGGCACCUGGUGAAGAAGCCGUCGCGGACACAGGGCGGCCGGGGCAGUCCCGGAGGCCUGGCGCCCAUCCUGCGCCGGAAGAAGAAGAAGAAGAAGCUGGACCGGAGGCCUCACGAGGUGUUCGUGGAGCUGAAUGAGCUGACCCUGGACCGCAGCCAGGAGCCGCACUGGCGGGAGACGGCGCGCUGGAUCAAGUUCGAGGAAGACGUGGACGAGGAGACGGAGCGCUGGGGCAAGCCGCACGUGGCCUCGCUGUCCUUCCGCAGCCUGCUCGAGCUGCGCAGGACCAUCGCGCACGGAGCCGCCCUCCUGGACCUGGAGCAGACCACGCUGCCGGGCAUCGCGCAUCUCGUGGUGGAGACCAUGAUCGUGUCAGACCAGAUCCGGCCGGAGGACAGGGCCAGCGUCCUGCGCACGCUGCUGCUCAAACACAGCCACCCCAACGACGACAAGGAGACGGGCUUCUUCCCCCGCAACCCGUCCAGCUCCAGCGUGAACUCGGUCCUGGGGAACCACCACCCCACCCCCAGCCACGGCCCGGACGGUGCCGUGCCCACCAUGGCCGACGACGGGGGGGAGCCGGCCCCGCUCUGGCCGCAUGACCCCGACGCCAAGGAGAGGCCCCUGCACGUGCCCGGGGGAGACGGCCACCGGGGAAAGAGCCUGAAGCUGCUGGAGAAGAUCCCCGAGGACGCUGAGGCCACCGUCGUGCUCGUGGGCAGCGUGCCCUUCCUGGAGCAGCCGGCGGCGGCCUUCGUGCGUCUGAGCGAGGCGGUGCUGCUGGAGUCGGUGCUGGAGGUCCCGGUGCCCGUGCGCUUCCUCUUCGUGCUGCUCGGGCCCAGCGGCACCAGCACCGACUACCACGAGCUGGGCCGCUCCAUCGCCACCCUCAUGUCCGACAAGCUCUUCCACGAGGCGGCCUACCAGGCCGACGACCGGCAGGACCUGCUGGGCGCCAUCAGCGAGUUCCUGGACGGCAGCAUCGUCAUCCCGCCGUCCGAGGUCGAGGGCCGCGACCUGCUGCGCUCCGUGGCCGCCUUCCAGCGCGAGCUGCUGCGCAAGCGGCGGGAGCGCGAGCAGGGCAAGGCCGAGGCCAGCGCGCAGGGCGGCUACGCGGGCCCCGGGAAAGAGCUGUCCAUGGAUAUGGGGGGUUCUGAGGCCACCCCGGAAGACGACCCCCUGCUGCGGACGGGCUCGGUGUUCGGGGGGCUCAUCCGGGACGUGAAGCGCCGGUACCCGCACUACCCCAGCGACCUGCGGGACGCGCUGCACUCGCAGUGCCUGGCCGCCGUCCUCUUCAUCUACUUCGCCGCCCUCAGCCCCGCCAUCACCUUCGGGGGGCUGCUCGGGGAGAAGACCGAGGGGCUGAUGGGCGUGUCCGAGCUGAUCGUGUCCACUGCGGUGCUGGGCGUCAUCUUCUCGCUGCUGGGCGCGCAGCCGCUGCUGGUGGUCGGCUUCUCGGGGCCGCUGCUGGUCUUCGAAGAAGCCUUCUUCAAGUUCUGCAGAGCCCAGGGCCUGGAGUACCUGACGGGCCGCGUGUGGGUGGGCCUUUGGCUGGUGGUCUUCGUCCUGGCGCUGGUGGCCGCAGAGGGCAGCUUCCUGGUCCGCUACAUCUCCCCCUUCACCCAGGAGAUCUUCGCCUUCCUCAUCUCCCUCAUCUUCAUCUACGAGACCUUCCACAAGCUCUACAAGGUGUUCAUGGAGCACCCACUGCUGCCGUUCUACCCGCCUGAGGGGGCCCUGGAGGCGGGGCUGGAGCUGAAUGCCAGCGCCCUCCCGCCCACCGAGGGCCCCCCGGGCCCCAGGAACCAGCCCAACACUGCGCUGCUGUCGCUCAUUCUCAUGCUGGGCACCUUCCUCAUCGCCUUCUUCCUGCGCAAGUUCAGGAACAGCCGCUUCCUGGGCGGCAAGGCUCGCCGCAUCAUCGGGGACUUCGGCAUCCCCAUCUCCAUCCUGGUGAUGGUGCUGGUGGACUACUCCAUCACCGACACCUACACACAGAAGCUGACGGUGCCCACGGGGCUCUCAGUGACCUCCCCGCAGAAGCGCUCGUGGUUCAUCCCGCCCCUGGGCAGUGCCCGGCCCUUCCCGCCCUGGAUGAUGGUGGCCGCCGCCGUCCCCGCGCUCCUGGUCCUCAUCCUGAUCUUCAUGGAGACCCAGAUCACGGCGCUGAUCGUCAGCCAGAAGGCCCGGCGUCUGCUCAAGGGCUCCGGCUUCCACCUGGACCUGCUGCUCAUCGGCUCCCUGGGCGGCCUUUGCGGGCUCUUCGGGCUGCCCUGGCUCACGGCUGCCACCGUCCGCUCGGUCACCCACGUGAACGCGCUGACCGUCAUGCGCACGGCCAUUGCGCCGGGCGAGAAGCCCCAGAUCCAGGAGGUGCGGGAGCAGCGCGUGACGGGAGUGCUCAUUGCCAGCCUCGUGGGCCUGUCCAUCGUCAUGGGCGCCGUGCUACGCCGGAUCCCCCUGGCCGUCCUCUUCGGGAUCUUCCUCUACAUGGGGGUCACGUCCCUGUCUGGCAUCCAGCUGUCCCAGCGCCUCUUGCUCAUCCUCAUGCCCGCAAAACACCACCCCGAGCAGCCUUACGUGACCAAGGUGAAGACGUGGCGGAUGCAUCUCUUCACCUGCAUCCAGCUGGGCUGCAUCGCGCUGCUCUGGGUGGUCAAGUCCACGGCGGCCUCGCUGGCCUUCCCCUUCCUGCUGCUGCUCACCGUGCCUCUGCGACGCUGCCUCCUGCCCCGGCUCUUCCAGGAGCGGGAGCUGCAGGCGCUGGACUCGGAAGACGCUGAACCAAAUUUCGACGAGGAUGGCCAGGACGAAUACAACGAGCUGCACAUGCCCGUGUGAGCCUCGGCACGCGCCCCCGGAGCCCCCGCCCCGCCCCCACCACAGGGAUGGCGGCCCGGCCCACCCAGAGACGGGCCUGGAACUGCUUACCAAUGCCACGGCUAGGGCCCCCCCCACUCCUGCCGGGGGGGCCCUCCUCUCGCCGUCCAGACCGGCACAGGCUUUGAGCUCAUUAUAACCACACUCCUUG